GAGACAAGAACCUUAAGUUUAUUCUAACGGGUCAAUAGCUGCUCUGUUUCCUUCGAUUCUUGCAAUUCACGGUGAGGAUGAGCUACUUGAUAAGCUAGAAGGAGUCUAUACAUUUGGACAGCCACGUGUAGGGGACGAGGAGUUUGGGGAGUAUAUGAAAGAAGUAAUGAAAAAGCAUGGGAUAGAGUAUGAAAGGUUUGUUUAUAACAAUGACAUGGUGACUAGAGUCCCCUUUGAUGACAAGAUUCUGUUCGGAUACAAGCACUAUGGAUCUUGCAAUUACUUCAACAGUCUCUACAAAGGAAAGGUAAGAGAAGAUGCUCCUAAUGCCAACUACAUAAGCAUGUUGUGGCUAAUACCAAAGCUGUUUGAGUGGUGUCUGGGAGUUUAUAAGGAGUUUCAUAAUAAGGUUUUGGAAAGGCAACGAGUACAAAGAGAAUUGGACGAUGAGAACUGUUAGAAUUGUUGGGAUAAUAAUCCCUGGUGUAUCUGAUCAUUUCCCACUUGAUUAUGUCAAUUCCACGCGCUUGGGAGGCUUGGCUCGACCUGUUGCUACUACUACCCCCCAGGAUAAACUUUAUCUCAUUGCUUGAAAUAACAUGAUGACUCGUCCCACUCAAGUCAAGCAGAAUAAAGUCCAAGGUGUGUUGAAGAAACCCAAUUUCAGAUGUAUCGAAUAAGUUUUCAAACUAAAUAAAGGAUGAUUUCAUUUACUUGUUUUUAUUUUCCCUUACUUCCUUAAUUAGAGAAGGAAUACUCUUGAGUUGUUACUUAAGGUGUUGUUUUCCCUGUAAGAAUCGAAUGGUUCUAAUUUCUUUUCAUAGAAACAAAAACAAAGCAAACAAACUCUUACCAUUUAUUUUCGUUGGGCCUCUCUUGGUUCCCUAUCAUUUGACUUCCGAAAAAGGAGACGUAUUGAUUAUGUCUACUUUUGUAAGCUUAUGCGUAGAUGCUCACACCAAACACAUGUAUAGAGAUUUAAUAGCUUUGCUAAUUAUUGACUCGCCUCUCAUUAUUUAAGCUCAGACAAGUCACAUUUUUUGUGUUCAUAAUAUAGAGAAACCUAUUUUGGUCACAAAAAAAAUAUUUUUGCCACGAUUUGAUAAAGAGAUAUUUCAAAGUUAAUCCACGAAAAUAUUUAUUUUCCAUGAUUUAGUCACAAUAUUUUUUGUGACUAUAUAAAAUAGCCAUUUGUGGCUAUAUAAAGUAGUCACGAUUUUGUAACAAAAUAUCCUUAAACCCUAAACACACUUUGAGCUCUAAAUUCAAAAUACAAACCAUAUAAUUCUGGUAUCUUCAUUUUAUUAACCUAAAAUCUUAAACUUCAAUUCAAAAUUUGAUAUUUUUAAAAUUUUAAUCUCAAAUUUUAAACUAAAUUCAAACAUUAUACUUCAAACACUCAACUCUAAACCUAAACUAUAUACCCGAAAUCAUAAACACUUAAAUUUUGUAUCUUCCACUUAAAACUUCUUUAAUUUUAUAACUGUAACUAAUAACAAAAUACCUACACCCUAAACAUAACUUUAAAAUUCUAAAUUCUAAACACAAAAUUUCACAUUCUAAUGAUAAACCAUUAAACCAUACAUGUACGUAUACUUUAAAUUAUUUAAUCUUAAUAUGUAUAUUUAAUAAUCUAAAAUUUAUAAACCCAAAAUUUAAAAUUCAAAUUCCAUACCCUAUAUCUUGCCUCAAAAUCCUAUAUUCCCCAAAAUUCAAACCCUAAAUAAAAAAUAAUCAAAAUCAAAAUCAUAAACAUAACUCUUUAACUUUAUAUUUUAUAAUUUUUAAACUAAAUCACCAUACUUUUGUGAGGGUUUUGUUCCAAGCCCCCUAGUGUCUGAGGCCCCGUGCUCUUCAUGUAUUUGAGCCGAAGACUACUCCAACCCCACUCCAGCUUAACGUCAUCACACAUGCUUAUGUAUGUGUGUAAUUAAUGUGUUGACUAGGUUAAGGUAAGUAUAAGAAAAUAAUAUACAGACAUCAGAACACGUUGGAGAAUAAGAGAAAGGAGACAUCAACAUAAGAUAAAUAGCUUAGGGCAAAGUCUAUUUGAUCUUUACAAGGUUGGUGUAUUUUCUUGUUACUUCUUGAGUUUCCUUGUGUAACAAACUAUUCGACAUGACUUAUCAAGAGAACUUUCUCUCUCGCGACUCAAAACUAAAAUACAUAUAGCUCCGGCGUCCGGCCGUGCGUGCGAGCGCGUACCGGCGCCGGAGGCGUCAUCGUCGGCUUACACUACAAAAAAAAGGAUAUAUUGUGACUACAUCUUGAGACGAACUGUCUCGGUCACAAUUUAGUGACGUUUUUAAUACGUAGUUGUGACUGUUUUUUCGUCUUAAUUCUGUAGUUAUUUUGUCACUAUAUUAUGACGAAGUAAGUCGUUGCUAUAUUUAGUCACAACUACAGACGUAAUUGUUACUAUAGUAAUAAACGUAACUGUUGUGACGGUAUUGUGACUAUACGUAUCAUCACAAAUUGGAUACGAAACGGUUACGGAAAGAUACGUCUCUAUUUGGUACGUAAGUGUGACUCACCUUUAGUCACCGACGAAAGAUAUAUCUAUUGUUGCAAACUUUUACAUAAAUGAUGUAAUAAUUUUGUAGUUAAUUAAAACCAAAUAUCUCAUGUUUACUUUUUCACGAUUUGUGACAAACCUUUGAGUCUAUAAAAAUAGUUGCAUAACAAUAUUUAAAAAUUGAGAGAAAUUCUUUUACAAACAUAUGUCAAUGUUACAUUUUUUUUAUUCAGUGCAUAACUAUUUAUAAGGACUAUAGUCCUUAGCUAAUAUGGAAUAUACUUUAUUAUUUCCUUUUUAUAUUAUUAAUUAGAAUCCUAAUCUCUUUAUACAUAGCAUACGUAUGAGACCUUUGAAAACAUAAAAGAGUCCAAUUUGAUUCUCAAGCCAUCUACUGUCGAGGAGAAGGAAAAAGAAGCUCUCUGCUGUAGAAAAUAAUGUCACUGAAUAAUGAUAUUAAAAUUGCAAGAAAGUGGAUGUAUGAAAGAAUCGAUGGCUCCACUAAUCAAGUUUCAGAAACUUUUUGUCAAGGUUUAGAGAGUUUUAUGGAAUUUGCAAAGAAGCAACCUCUAUUUCUCGAGAAUGGCAAGCUUUUUUGUCCAUGUUAUAAGUGUGACAAUGGAAGAUUAUUAGAAGAAAAAUCUGUGUGGAGUCAUCUAUAUAAUAGGAGUUUUACAUGCAACUACUGGGUUUGGAUUUCUCACGGAGAGAAUUAUAAUAUUCUAAACAAUCCUGAGAAUAUAAUUGCUAGUGAAGAUGCUUCUGGUUUUGACUCUCAAACCAAGACAGUAAAUCCUUAUGUGUCAAUGGUAUCAGAUGCAUAUGCAGAUGGUAAUCAGGAAACUUCAUUCGAUGAGAAUAUGGAACAAGAGCCUAAUGCUGAGGCUAAAAGGUUUUACAAUAUUUUGGAUGCUGCGAAACAUCCAAUUUAUGGGACAGGACCAACUACCCAACCCUCUGGUUCUCAAGCUGCUGGUGCCCAAAGACAUGUUGCAAACCAUGAACCAGUUGAGAAUAGGGAAGAAGUUGCACAUGUUCCUGUACAACAUGAUGUUCGUGUACUCCACCCAGCUAGACAAAAUGGAGCUAAAUGGUUCAAAAACAACACUGAAGUAUCAACUUGUGUUCGAAAGAUCAUUGAAGGUUGUUUUAGAGGACCAUGGUAUAGCUGGAAAAAAGUACCACCGUUUUAUAAAGAUGCAUGGUUUUCAACCUUUCAGACUAAAUUUGAGUGGGAUGCCUCAAUUGAAAAUCUUGUUAAAGAAAACUUUGAUCAACUUGCCGCUACCCGUCUCAAAGGAAUGGUUAGUCUCGCAAAGUCAAAUGGAGAAAAACCUGAUUGGAUUUUGUCUGAUUACUGGAGGGUAAUGUCUGAGUAUUGGAGAACAUCAAAGGCCAAAGAUAAAAGUGAGAAAGCACGCGCUUCUCGUCUAUCUAGACGUGAUGGCUUAGGUGUACACAGACACAGAGCAGGCUCACGUUCUUAUGCCAAAGUUCAGGAUGUUUUGGAGGCAAACAAUGAAGACUCUUCUUUCAUUGCUGUACUGAAAAAAACACACCAGAAAUCUGAUGGAACUUAUGUUGAUGAAAGAGCUCGACUAAUUGCUGAGAAAUUUGAUGAAUGUGUUCAAGAACGCUUGUCUGAAAUGGAAAAUUCUAAUGGAGAGGAUUUGACGAUAGACAAUCUCACCCUUGAAGAGAAAAAUGAAAUCUAUUCUAAGGUAAGAGCUUAAACUUUUAUUUCACUUUUAAUUUGUUUGCCCUAAAGUCUGAGUUUUAUACAUGGUAUUUUAGUUUUCGACCAAAACAGAAAUACAUAUUUUAGUUUUUUAGUUCUAAACAUUGUGUUUUAUUGCUUUUAUGUGGUUAUAAAUCUGGUGUUAUAAUAUCUGAGUUGUAAACAUGACUUUUUUGUAGAUUGUUGGAACAUCAAAACAAGGUCGUGUAUUUGGACUUGGGUCACUCCAAAGAGGUGUGUUUUAAUGCCUUUAGAGUCUUCGACGGGUUCUCCACUAGGUAAUGCAGAUGUGGGAACAAUAACUCAUCGAGUGGAAGAGCUUGAAGCUGAAUUGCAAAAGAGUCAUGAUGAGUACGAAGACCUUAAGAAACGAGUUGAAGCUGUGGAGGCUUUCUGCUUCAACACAAACUAGUUUGGUUUAUGGUGUUAUUUCUGGUUUUGGUUUUUGGUGUUAUUUUAUUGGUUUUUAGUUGCUUUAUUCACUUGCUAUGAUUUUUUUCAUUUAAAUUUAUGUUCAAGUUUAAACUAUAUUUAUAAUUUUUUAAUGUUAUGGAAUUUUUAUUUUCAAUAAUUUGUCUUUAUCAGAUUUUGUUUUUGGUAAAAUAAUUAUCAAAAGUACGUUGUAAUAUAGCUAAUAUUUACAGAAUAUUUAUAAAAAUAAAAAAUAUAUGGAUAUGAAUAUAAUUCCGUAAAAUUGUGACUAAUUUAAUAAAAGUAAUCACUACAAAUUUUACAUCUAAAUUAGUAGCUAAUUAAGAUGGAUUUUUGAUUUUUUUUAGUGAAGAAUUGUGACGGAUACGUGACAAAAUAUAAGUAUCUAAUUAAGACUGAUUUGUGACAAAAUGCCUGACAAUUU